CGUGAAGGUCUGGGACCUCCCACAGCAAGCGGUGCUGCACUCCUACAGAGCUCACUCCGGUUCAGUGACAUGUGUGGCUUCCUGUCCUGGUAAGGACACUGUGUUCCUGUCCUGUGCUGAGGACGGCAGAACUUUACUGUGGGACACCAGAUGUCCCAAACCAGCUACUCGAAUUGUUUGCAGUGCCUGUAAUCACCUCCCUACCUCAGUCAUGUGGCAUCCACAGAAAAGUGACAUCUUUGUUUUGGGUGAUGAAAAUGGAACGGUUGCACUAGUAGACACAAAGAAUCCUGAUUCUGCCCUCAGCUCCACCGUGCAUGCCCGAAGUAUCACGGGGUUUGCGUUUUCCACACAUAGUUCACCCUUACUGGCUUCAAUCAGUGAAGACUGUUCAGUAGCUGUUCUUGACUCAGACCUCUCAGAGGUGUUCAGAAACCGUUCUCAUCGAGACUUUGUAAAAGGCUUAUCCUGGUCUCCUUCAGACAAUGCCUUGCUCACUACAGUUGGAUGGGAUCAUCAGGUUUUACAUCACACUGUCCCCAUACCAACUGGUGAAACUUCUGGAGUCAACUGUGUAAAAGAAUAGUUUUAUAAACUCAUGGUCCAAAUUCCUACCUGGCAUUACUUUGAUUCUGCUGAAGUCAAAGGUGUGUGUGAACUGGAGUGGGUAUGGUCUGUUGUCUGCCUUGAAGCUUGUGAUUAAGAAGGUUCCUGUAGUCAUUUUUAAUUAGGCGUAAGUUAGUUACAAACCAAGCUUUAGCCUCUCCUCAGGAGUUGGCUUCACCUGUGAUAAGACUUCAGUAUUUUACCCAGAAAAAAAUUGACUUCAGGCACAGAGGAGACUUGGAGAGACAGGGAAUUAAGUAUAAUUUAAAAAAAAAAAAAAAUCAAAAAGACUUAAUUCCUCCCUCAGUUUUCCAAAC